CAAGUGCCUCUAAUAGUUCUGCGGCUACGAUAACCCCGGAUCAGUUGGUUCAAAUCAUAGGUAAUCUCAAGCAAGAGUGGACAAAAGAGGUAGAAGAUGCAAGCAAAAAAAAAUGGACAUGCUGCAAAAGGAGUUGGAUGCAAUCAAGACUGAGUUGUCCCAAAUGCAAACUCAACAGUCAGCCCCUGUACAACCGGCUAACCCUAAUGUGUUGAUUACACGUGUUAGCACCAAAGAAAGUUGUGCAGAAGCUAUUGCAAAUGUUGUUGCUGGGGACCCAUCUGCGGUUGAGGAGAAUACCAUGGGGUUGUAUGUUGUUUGUGGCGACAGUAAACAAUUGGUGGCCUUAGGAAAGGUGUAUCAAGUUGGCGGCAUGAUACACAAUGUUCCUUACGCAGAUGAAGUCGUGAGGGUUUCUGUGGUUACUGUUUAUGAUGGUGAUGCAAGGGUCCCAAUUCCCACACCUGAGAUUGAAUACGUUAGGGAGGCCAUGAACACAUUCAUUGGCUGGCCAACUAAUCUUGUCAAACCUUUCUCCGUUGAUUCCAAUCAAGAUGUAAGGAAUCCAAAAGGACAUGUUGAUCGGUCAAAUGCAGGUGUUGCAAAGGAUCCACUUGGAGAAAUCAUGAAAAUACUUUAUGAAGUGUAUAUGAAUCCAGUGGAACUCCCGUGGGAGGCUAGCCGAUUUGGAAUUCCAAAUAUAGAUGCCAAAUUUUACAUCACACAUGCUGAUAUGGCUGAAAUAAUAUCAGGUCACAAGUGUUUAAACAUUUCUAUACUACAGCUAUGGAUGAUGUAUUUGGAUGAGUGUGCUACAAGCAUAGGUGAUGGCUCAGUGUAUAGCUUCCUUGAGCCUCAAUCAAUACACAUUGGUAAAGAGGACCGUCAACAAUGUCAACUUUAUAUUGAGACAUGGGUGAAGGAAUCACAACGAUGCUUGAACUUAGGAGCAUACUUGCAUCAGUAA